GUUCCCUCUUUAUUUUGUUGACUUAUUCAUUUGAGAAGUAUUGAGGACUCAAUUGGAGAGAGAAAAUGAUAGAAAUCUUAUCUCUAUUGUACUUGAGAUUUCAUGUCUCACUAAUCCGUCCUCUUCUUCAUCUUACUCUCUCACAUUUUCACUACCUCUUCUGCAUCUCUUCAUCUACUCCUUUCAACUUGUUCCAACCACACUUGAAUUCACUACAAAAGCGCUGUCAGAGGCAUACCAAUUAGAAGCCCUAGUUCUCACCUUUCCCUCCUCCAUUCCAAUGGCCGCCGCAGCUGCUCGCCCCCUUGUCAGUUGUCACCGUGCAGGCCUUCGAGGGCUACCACCACCUUCCCAUCCCUGAUGUCAUGACAGCUUCAAUCCGUCCUGACAUCGUCAAUUUCGUCAAUUCCAACACCUCCAAAACUGGUCGUAUUGGGAGUAUGGUUUGAUGUGUUCUUUCUUGACUCCCAUGAUUUGGUAUGUUGAAAAUGGUUAAUAUCUUGGCUAUUCUUGCUUAAUUUUUUUUACUUAAAACCUUCAAUGGUUGCUUGAUAUGUUGGCUACUCUCUUUUUUAAUCACCUUAUUUAGUUGAAGAUUGAUUAUUGAGCUAGCCGGCUAAGUGCUUAGAGAAAGGCUUCAAUCAAUAUGUCGUGGCAGCUUUGUGAUUUACAAGAUUUUGGCAUUGUAAAAAAUGACCAGAUGUUGGAUAUCUUUUUGUUGUUUGUUUAUUUGAGUUAAUAUUUAAUGUAGCUUCUUCAGUAUGUUAUUUUUAAAAGCUUGCACUCAAAAUCUGAAUUUGCAUUGCUAACUUAUUUCUGUUUUUUAGUUCUUGCAAUUUAUCUUAUGUAAUCCUUUUUUUUUGUGAUAAUUCACUUAUAACUGCAAAAUUUACUUCAUUACCACCUUUUAAGAAAAUAAUGGCUUUGAAAUGUUGUGUAUCUUUUGAAUGAACUAGAGGAUUUAUCUUAUGCUCUCUGUCUUCAACUAAGUUAUGGACAUCAUUGUCAUAAAACUUUCAUCUUAAAAAGGAGUUGGUUCCAUGCUACAAUUGCUUAGCAAUUUUUGUCCACUAUACAGCUUUCAUCCUAUUAUUUGCUCUCCAUGACUAUUACAAAUUACUAUUUUGAUUUGAACUAUGUAUCUGAAUUGUAUUUGCCUUUUUGUAUCUUACAUUUCUUGAAAGGGUCUGAUAUGCAGAUUGACAUGGACACUAUAGAAGUCAGUAACCUGAACAGACAAUUUUUAUUUCAACAAUCCCAUGUUGGGCAGUCCAAGGCUAAAGUUGCUAGGGAUGCUAUGUUAAAAUUUAGGCCCCACAUUGGUCAGACACUCUCAUUGGUUGAUCUCCACAAUCCUGAAAUCUGCUAUGAUAGGAUCGAAGAUGAAGGAAUUUCACAAUCUUCAUAUGCCUGGUUAAAAGAAGUCUCAGAUUUGGCAGAGAAUGAGAGGGAGUUUGCAUGAAGAUGAGGAGUUUGAUCAGCAUUAAAGGAAACUUGCUGCAAUUCUCUUAUCAAAGAAGUUGCCUUCAAAUUGUAGCAAAUACACUUCUUCCUCAUGUGAUGGUCACACGUUUAACUUCCUCUUGGAUAAUGGAAUUGAUAUUGGUUCUUCUUGGUUGUUUUUGUGUUACCAUAUCUGCUGCUUUGGUUGUUAUAUACUGAUGUGUGGAAGUUUUCCUUCAAAUUGCAGCAAAUAAACUGAUGGGUAUGCCAUCAGAAUUGGAUUUAUGGGUUGAUUCAUUUGAAAAGAAGAUAUUCAUUCCAUUUUGAAGGCAAUUUUCUACUAAAUCAAAAGGAGGAUUUAAGAGUCAGAUUCAUGUAGACAUUUAAUAUGAUGUACCCCAUUUUGCUUUGCUUUUAAUCUUAAAUACCCUAUAUCUCAACACUUAUUCGUUUUUGUUUCAAUUUAAAAAAUUAUCUAUUUAAUA